AUGCUCUGCGUGCUCUGCCUCGUCCUCACGGUCCAAGCAUUCACCCAGGAACGCUUCAAGGAGGUGGUGCUGAAGCAGCUGGGGCUGUCCGAGGUCCCUAAACUUCAUUCGAGAGACUUGGUGGACCUGGUUAUCCCAGACCACGUCAAGAACAAGUACAUGUCCAUGCUGAAACGCCAGAGGGUGAAGCGCCGAGCUCUGCCCAGCCUGGCUGGCAUCCUCAGGGGGAUCCCGGGACACACAGGGGAAGUCCUCUACUCCGACACAACCACACGCCAGAAGCUGAUGUUUGACAUGGAAGGCAGAAUACCUAAAAACAGCGAGGUCACAAUGGCCGAGCUGAAACUCUUCAAAAAGCCUCUGGACAGAACAAACCUGCCUGCCAGGCAGUCUCACAGGCCCGUCUCCAACGCCAGAGUCAGCGUGUACUGGGUGCAGCAGCAGCACGAUGGUACCAACAGCACCUCCCUGAUAGAUUCCAGGCUGGUUCCUAUUCGUGAGUCGGGCUGGAAGAGCUUUGAUGUGACCCAGGCCGUGCAUUACUGGCUGCGAAACAAGAGGCGGGAGCCGAUGUUCCUGGAGGUGUGGAUCGAAGGGGAGAGGCUGGGCAGCUACGCCUCGGAAAUGGCCAGAGCCGUGCGCUUCGCCUCGCAGGACCCCAAGGACAAAGCCCUGGGCAAGCCUGAGCUGGUGCUUUACACCCUCAACUUGGACGACUACGGGAGCCCUGGGGACUGCAGGGAGGAGGCGGUGCUGGGGAAAUCCACCUGCUGCCGGCAGAAGCACUACAUCAGCUUCCGCGAGCUGCCGUGGGCUCAGCACUGGAUCCUGGAGCCGGCGGGUUUCCAGGCGUUCCGCUGCUCCGGGAGCUGCCUGCAGCCGCCCCGCGCCCUGCGCCGCCCCGGCUCCGGCCAGCGCUCCUGCGCCGUGGCCGGCAGCUCGGCGCUGCCCAUCAUCUACCUGGUCAAGAGGGGCAACCACACGGAGAUUGAGGCGGCCGAGUUCCCCAACAUGAUCGUGGAGAGGUGCAGCUGCGUCGCGGACGGCGUGGCGCUGGUGUGACGAGGGGGUGGCCCUUCCCCUGCAGCCCUGCCAAGAGCCACCCCGGCCCCCAGCCCCGGGGACAGCGGUGAAGGUCCUGGGGGUUCCUGCCUGCACUGGGACCCUGCGGAGAGAGUGCACUUGGAGGCACUGGCCGUGUAGGUGGGCUCAGAGGAGCGUGCAUUUCACAUGUGGGAGGGGUACCGUAGGAGCCUAGUGCUUCUCGGGGCCUCCUUAGCGCCAGCUAAAUUUUGUUAAAUUUAUUUCAGCCCCCACCCAGGUAAAAGAAGAGUGCCCAUCAGCAGGUGAAGGACAAAUUCGUGGGCUCAGCUUUUCGUUCUUAGGCUGCUGGGUUUGGUCCUUGUCUGCCCAAGCUUUGUUUUUGUUGAGCUGGAGAGCAGAAGCACUUACAUGUAUAUAAACUGUACACACACACGUGUACACAUGUACAGAGUGUAUGAAUAAAUGUGUGUAUUGUCUACAUACUGGAUAGCUACAUAUUGAUUACUUACAUAUAUAUAUAUAUAUAUAUAUAUAUAUAUGUACAUAAAAUAUUGCCUAGAGCUUAAAGGAGCAUAUUUAUGUGCAUAAGUAUUGCAUGUACAUAUACAUAUCCACAUGUACAUAAAAUAUUAUCUGAAACUCAAAGGCUUAUAUUUUUGGUCCCUGCACCAUGGGCUUCACACUGUUUUAGGCAGAAUUUAGAGUCCUGGAAUCAACAGGAACAUUAGGACUUGCUUGUGUGAGUAACAGUUUGUUUUUCUGAUUCUGUAUUACAAUUAUUUCAAUUUAGGGAUAUUGUCCAAGUUGUGUGUGCCACCAAAAUCAAGGAAACAAUAAAAUACAAGUAUUAAAGUC